UAUGCGCGGUCCGACAAUUUAUUUACUAAAAGUCACGUUAAAUGCUUUUCAUGGUUUGCGGGCGCGAUUUCUCGGGCGCGCCGACGGGCGCGUGCAAAUUGCGUUAAGAGAACAUGGUAUCUGUCAAAGCGUGGGACAUCCUCUAAAAUUUCACGAAAGGAGAGUUUUGGUGCGCCCGAGCGGUAGGGAGAACCCCGGCGGCGCGUUGGGGAGGGGGUAGCACUAUGCAUGCGUUGCCCAGCAGGUGGAGUAAGGCUCCGCGUAGCGCUGCGGCAGUUUCCUACAUAUUGCCGUAACAUAUUAAUUUCGUGCAUCAUCUCAUUUUUUAGGGCGGACAAUAAUCCACGCAUGUCUGAGGCAAUGGUGCUCUCGGUAUUUUUAUUACGUUCGAAUUCUCUUUUUUUGCGAUUCAACCAAUUUCUUUCUUUAUCGAGGGCAGCGGAUUCGACGCGGAGACGCUUUUCAUGCUGUGCUUGUGCCAUCCGUAUGGCGUCGAGCUCUUCCUCGGAGAGCGCCUUCUUUGAGGGAGGCUUAGCACCGCCGCGCGUUUCCAUAAUUAACGAAAUUCAAUAUCUAUACAAUAAUAACGCGUAUCCCACCGCUGUCACCAGUUUUAUGCUACAACUCAAUGCUGCAAGAUGGCGGCAUGCACGCACCCGUCGAUACUCAAUCGUAAUAGGUGGGGGUAACCCCGAGCGGUUGCUAGGGGAAAAAGAAAGGGAAGUCAGAGCAGAGAACAAGAGAGAAUAAAAGAGAGAGAGAGAGAGAGAGAGAGAGAGAGAGAAUAAACCUGAGUAAAGAAGGAGAGACGGAAUUUAUCCGAAAUUAGAAAUCUUUCUUUUAAACGGGCUCUUCAGAUAUCGCAAGGAUUGUCGGCUCGGGAUCCUCGUAUGAGGCGGAGUGUUCACGUUCAAGAAACUCUAGGAAAAACAUUAAGUCCACGGGGCACGUUCUGCAAUCGCGAAUUACCUGAAUGGUAGUGAGAGAAACCCGGCAGAGUAUGCACCGUUCCUGAUUAUGAUUCAUGCCGAUAUUUAUAUAAUGGCGGUUUCUUUUAUUGUAAUGCUCAGAAAUAUUUGAAGGGAAGUUCUGGUGGCAAGUCUCGCAAAUGAUAUUGUGACAGUCCAAUCGAUGACGGAAAAAUACGGCGCGUACACAGCGAGCGGUUGCUACCCAGUCGUAAUAGGCGGCAGGCAAAUUCAUAAAAACUACCUGACGCGAUUGAGAAGCCGGAAUAAGCGAGCACAUUACUUGAGAACUCAGCGAACGAGAGAAUUGACACGCCGUAAUAUCGAUUAAUAAAACUCCGGCAUUAACCUUAUUUGUAGAAAAGAGUGGAUAAGCCUCGUCUCUCCGUGGUAGUGCUCGGUUUCACGCCGUGGUUUCCCCGGGUAAAGUAGAUGCUACGCCACUGGAUCUCUCACUCUCGGCAAGAACUCAUGGUGAUCUUGUUGCACACGCGAGUGAAACACGUGGCGUUGUGUAAUGUUGCGCAAUAUUGCGUAUGAUCAAUAGAAUCGAAUUAGACUGAAUUGUAUAUCUGGUAGGAGUGACACCAGGUAUUUAAAAUAAACACAGGCUCUAUUGUUACACACCAUAUAAUGUUUAAUAAAAUCACUUAUCUUUACACAAAUCUAAUAUUACAAUUUAUGGCUAGGUUCAAUGUUUAGCUCUAUGCUGUAUUACGCUUGAACUUAAAUUAAGUUUAGAAUUAUUAUAAUAGAGUAAACGAAUUUAGAAUUAAUAUUGAAUUUGGAGUUAGAAAAGCAACAAGCAUUAGGUUGAAUUUAGAAUUAUUAUUAUAAAAUAAACUAAUGUAAAAUCAAUAUUAAAUUUAGAAUUAGAAUUAAUUUGAAUUAGAAAUAAAUUUAGAAUUAGAAUUGGAAUUGAAAUUAGAAUAAGAUCUAGUAGGAUUUACAAAUAGACGUAACUUUACAGCACACCACGUGGUCUGAAAACGGAGGACGCGGCGCGACGCGUGUUCACAUGUUUGAGUCCGGCGACGAAGUGUGUGGCGUCGGCGUGCGUAGGCGUAACGUUGCCAUCCCACGCGGCCCUAUGUGACCUAUGCUACUGAGCGCGGCGCUGAUAUCGAAGAAGGAGACAUUUCCUAUCCUGUUUUCAUGGAUACAGUCUUAGUCAAAAGUUUUAUAUUUUAAGCUUUAUUCGAUAACCAAUCUUGUAAAAAUUUAUGUCGGGAAACGGCGGAUGUAACACUAUAACUCUGAGGUGAAUCCUAGAGUUCUGAAUACUUAUUAGAAGGGAGAAAAGGAAGCUCAUUUUUGUUUUAAUUGUGUUACCAAAAGCCGAAGGCACAUGGAGCAUAAUUCUGUUGAUAAUCCGAUAUACUUUUACGACUCAAUAGGCAAUGAUGACGAAAGAAAUCGUCUUAGUAACAUUCUUCCACUUUUACGUCUAAACCAUUUGAAUUCUGAGGAAAAAGAAAACGUAAUAUCUUUAGUUAGCAAGCAUGUGGAUAGAUUCCACUUGCCUCGAGAAAAAUUAGGAGUCACGAAUGCAGCACAACAUUUUAUACCUAUAAUUAACGAAGUACAAAUUCAUGUUAAACAAUAUAGAUUUCCGCCGAUCCACAAAACUGAAAUUGAUAAUCAAGUUCAAAAGCUACUUUCAGAUGGACUAAUAGAAAUGUCUACUUCACCGUACAAUUCCCCCGUGUGGAUCGUACCCAAGAAUAGAUUCUUUAGGUAAUAAACAAUGGAGAAUGGUAAUUGAUUAUAGAAAUUUAAAUGAAAAAACUAUUGGAGAUGCCUAUCUUUUGCCGAACAUUUCCGAUAUCUUGGAUCAAUUGAGAAAUGCAAAAUAUUUUUCAGUUCUUGAUUUAGCAUCAGGAUUUCAUCAGAUCCCGAUGGCAUCGCAGGAUGCCCCGAAACUGCUUUCGCAACGCCCUACGGACAUUAUCUGUUUAAAAGAAUGCCAUUUGGAUAAAAGAACGCUUCCUCAACGUUCCAAAGGCUCAUGGAUAACGUUCUCUCUGGUCUACAAGAUAAUGAAUUAUUCGUUUACAUGGACAUAGUUAUCUAUGCAAAAUCUUUAAGAGAACACAAAAUAAAAUUUGAAAGAUUAACGAAAAGAUUGAAAGAAGCAAAUUUAACAUUACAGCCAGAUAAAUGCGAAUUUUUACGUCGAGAAGUCGCUUAUCUUGGACAUAUAAUCUGCUCUGACGGAGUCAGAUCAGACCCGAAUAAAAUAAAAGCAGUUAUUGAUUUUCCUGAAUUAAAAACACAAAAGAAUAUAAAACAGUUUUUAGGACUUGUUGGAUAUUAUAGGAAAUUCAUAUCCAAUUUUUCUAAAAUUGCAAAACCAUUAACUGAUUUAUUGAAGAAAGAUUCAACUUUUACUUGGCAAUUAAAACAAGUCAAAGCUUUUGAAGAAUUAAAAUUAUCAUUAUGUUCGAAACCUAUCUUGCAGUACUCUGAUUUUCAUAAGCCGUUUAAUUUGACUACUGAUGCAUCUGGAUACCCGGACAGCACAGGGACAUCCUAGGCAUAUGCUGAAGAUAUCGCAGCAGUAGGUCACGUGUAUCCCGAGGAUUUACGAGAUCCCGACUGCGAUAUACUGUGGGAAAUGCUGAGCACCUUCCUAUGUCCGGCGUGAUUUGAUCCAUAAUAAAUCCUGAGAAUAUCUCGCAGUAUGCGCAGAGGAUAAGAACCGUUAAGGUGCAGUAUUCGAGGUACCAUGCAGUAUGCGCAGAGAAUGGGAACGGUCAAGGCGCAUUAGCUCAUGUAUACACGCAUACAUUUACGCAUCAUUGAGCGUGCGUACUCACACGUGUUGGAUUAGGUUAGGUUAGGUUAGAUUAGGUACGCGGGAAAGACUAAUGUCUUCUCACUCGAAGUUGCACGGAAAAUCGAAGUAUACUCGGUACGUGCAAUGUGUUCCAGCCUUCUUCACAAUGCAUAAUAUCGAGCAUUAGAAAAAAAAAGAAACACACACGCUAAAUAUACUUUCAUAUGCGUACAACUUCGUAUGAGAAGGCAUUUCUGCCCCCGGGAGAGUUCCGAUAGCGCACAUCCCGAUAGCCCACCAAUCAAUCAUCUUGACUUAUCUAACCCAACCUACGGAAAAUCUCUAGGCAUCUGCCAUUGUGAGUGGUUUGUGUGCUAUCGAGACCCGCCGUCUGCCCCCAUGUAUAUCUUUCAAUAAUAAAUUUCACAAAAAUGUAGAAUUUUAUUUAAAGAUAUGUGUACCUAAUCUAACCCAAUAAAAUUUUACGUAUCCGUGGAAUUUCAUUUAAAGGUUAAAUUAAAGGACUUUUAUUUAAAUACAAUUUACAAAUAUAUAAUUUAUUUUAUCAAUGAAAUAUCAGUUAAACAAUAAAUCAGUUAAACAAUACAUGUAUAUAAAUCAAGUAAAUCAAAACAAUAGAAAAUACAAAAUACUUUCCGCAAUAGCUUCCGUGAACAAUUGAAUUGAGUGUUUAUAUCAUCUUUUCACUUUUUUAAAAUAUACUUAAAAAAUAUUUUAAUUUUAUUCAUAAAAAUAGCGUUGGAAAAUACGAAUCAUAAUGACAAUACAUUUUUGUAGAUUUUUAACAAAGGCAUUUGAAUGCCUUCGUUAAAAAUUGUCUAUUUUAUAAGAUUUAAGUACUUUUUGAAGCAAAAUAAAUUUUAAUCUCUAAAGUUGCGAUCGUAAAUUAUACGACACUUUGGUUACAAUAGUCUCUUGAGUUGAAAUCAUCAGCCACUAUCAGUGAUUUUGUGAAUUUUUGUGAUGUAGUCCACCGUACAAACGUGUCAGGGCGUUACGUCUAUUUGAUUCGCCCACCAUCCCGAAAACCUUGAUAGAGAAGAACGUGUUACUAACUCCGGUACUCACACAAAGGUACAAAGACCCGAAUUAAUUUUCUUCAUCCUGGUUUUCUCCUCGGUUUUCUUUUAAUGUUCCUCUGUUAAACCGUUCAGGAGCAUGGGCUAACCAUAUUUUAAUUGGUGCUGCAAUUUGAUUUGAUUUUUUUUGCAUUUUUUUUUACACACUAAUGAACAUUAAAGCCCGUAUUCCAAAAUUCACUGUCAGUACUGAAAAUCUAUGAUGUACAAAACGUAAACUAUAAAGUGUCAAUACAGGCAGUGGUUUUUGGAAUAAAAUAUUUAUUUGUUAAAUAUAUGUAAUGUCGAGAUACUUACAUGGAGAUUUAAAGACUCUGAGUCGCAAUUAUCAGAUGCACCCACCAGAAGUACAGAAGUAACUUGUUGAACAAAUAAAGUAUAUGAUAAAGGCUGCGUUCCGUUUCGCGCAUUAUGCGCACGGAUUACAUAGAAAACGUUCCGUUUCACUCAAUGCGCGCAUAAACAGCGCUUAGAUUUCCCUAGAUCCCCACCACCUGCAGCGCAUAACGCACGCAUCAGCUACCUCAAGUUCGAGCUACGGCAGCUUAUGCGUUCCAUGCGAUUGCGUAAUUGCAUAUGGCGGAUUGUGAAAUAUUAGUUCACGGGUCCGUGUUGUACAGUGUUGUAAUUCAUUGUAGUUCUUCAAGAAAGUGAAAAGUGAGAAAAUAUGGAAGAACCAUUGUUCGAAUUCCCAGUCUUCUUUGAAGAAACGCAGAGCGUCAUCACAUUAUUUCUUACUCAGGAAGUAAUGAAUAAAGUUCAAACAGAUGAAAACUUGCUGCAAUCGCUCGUGAACGAAGAAAUCGCUAAGAAUAAUUCUUCUUCUACUUCUUCAAGAAUCAGUCAGACUUCAACGUCUUCUGAAAAUCUUGAUUCCGACGAAAACUGUUUGACUACUAAUAAAGGAUUUAUAUGGCCCGAUGCUGCGGUAUAUUUACUAUUAGAGUUGUAUCGGGAGAAAGAACUUGACUUCAGUUCAGGGUUCAAAAGAAGUACUACUAUUUGGGCUGAGAUAGCAGAAAAAAUGAAAGAAAAUUCAAAUGGAAAGUAUGCUGUAAGUAGGCUGCAAUGCUCUGUAAAAAUGUCUGGUCUUAAAAGGACCUUUAAAAACAUAAGCGACCAAAAUAAAAAAAGUGGAAAUUGUCGGAAUACAUGGGCUUUUUAUUCGGUGAUGGAUUCAAUUUUUGGAAAGAAGGCUUUUGUGAUGCCAUCUGCGAUUGCAUCGAGCGAAGGUCCACUUAAGCCAAUAAAUGUGGAGAACUCGGCAGUGGCCGAGUCAGAAUCACCCUCAUUGCCUUCUAAUCCAUGCAAAAAGCGGAGAGUUGAGACUCUCCUCGAGUCUUUUAUUGGUGAUAUAAAAGAAAAUAGAGAAAUAGCAAUGGCCAAAAAGGAAAAAGAAAGGAAAGAACGUGAAAAGUUAAAAGAACAGCGGUAUGCUGAACGUAAAGAAGAACAAAAGAAGAUUCACGAAGAUAAAAUGGAGGUCCAAAAAUCAUUGAUCGAAAUCAUGAAAGCUUUAGUUGAAAAACAAAAAUGAUUUUGAUGCCUUUAUAUUUAUAUAAUAAGGUCCGGCGCACAAUAGAGACAUAUUAGAUUUUAGAAAUAGGAAUUAGAAUUUUAAAAUCAGUUUCAUCAAUAAACACUAUAAAUCAAUAAUAAAUUAUGUUGUAUUUUGUACAUUUAUAUCUUACAUCUUAUUCGUAUUUAUUAUGCGUUACGAUUAAUGUUUAUUGAGGAAACUAAUUUUAAAAUUUAAUUCUUAUUCUUAAUAUCUAAUAUUCCUUUAUUGUGCGCAGGACUUAACUCAAAAUAUUGUUGAUAUUAUUACUUCCGCAUUGAUAUUAUAGCGUUACUUUGGCGGUGUGCCUUAUAUUUUAUUUUCUGUGUGAUAACUAGUUUGUAACAAGUCUGUGAUCUAUUGAUCUGAAGAUCUAACUUUAUUAAUACUAUCAUACACAUUUAAAUUAAUAAAGUUUUACUUUUUACGGAGAUUUAAAAAAUACGGGUGAUUGACUAUUAAGCAAUACAUACAAGUGAUAAUAAUGCAGUAUUAAUUAGUAAAAACUUGUAAUAUUUGUAGUUAUAUACAUUUGUAGAAAAAGUAUUUUGGAAAUGAAUGAUAUUGUCUUAUAUGUAUGUAUAAGUGUUAUUGAAUAUUUUAAACAUUCAUAUUAAAAUAAUAUUCAGUUUAAGUAUUAUUUUUAGUUUCAGUAAGAACUUUAUAAAUGGAGUAAGAUUUUAUGUUCUAACUGCCAAGUAAAAAAUUGGUGUUUAUUUAUAAUUUUAUACUUACAUUUUAUAAUAAUUUCAAUAUGCGAAUUAUAAUUUUGUACCAAAGAUGUAUG